GUUGGGCGGUGAAGACCGACGACGAUUGAAGUCUACUCGCCUCACAAUGGUAUUGUGAACUCUGCCGUCGGCUUUCGGUUGACGGCAAAGGCCGAGGAAAGUUGCAUUGGGCCGCUUGGCUUUGGCUGUGGGCGUUAUAGCUCUCCUCUGCCAAGCAUUACGUGCAAGAGAAUGGCCACCAAUGUCGGAGAUGGGCCGAAGAAAAACGGAGCGCUGCUCGAUGCUGGGAACCUUUUCUCGUCGCCAUCGCCACCGUUUCUAUCAGAGGAGUUUCUGGAACGCUCCAAGACCCUUACUCGCCUCGAAAACGAUCCAAUGUCGCCCACCGCUGGCACCGCCAGCGCUCACUUGAAUAGAUGGUAUCCUAACACUUUACCGCUUUCCCUUGAUGCUGCAAUGGAGACGGGAGCGAAUAGCAGCAUCGAUCCCGGCAAGCCGCUUGCGUCGGAGGCGACGUUCAUCGACCCGGACAGCAGCGUCGCUGAAUUGGCCAGGGUGACAGGCGUUAGUUCGAUUGCCCCCGGCGAUCGGAAUCUAAGCUUCGGGUUCGUGCCGGCUGACGUUGUGCGGCGGCUUGGUGACGAGAGCAACUGGCGGAGGCGCGCCGAGGCCAUAGAGGAGCUACACAUGCUCGUGUCGAAACUGCCUUCACGAAACUCUCAUUCUCCCGGCGAGCAUGACGUGCAGUCGUUGCUUGCCUUUCUCAUCACGCGGGUAGACGAUGUGAACUUCAAGGUAGGCCUCACUGCGCUGAACAUUGUUACCCUGCUGUUGCGCAACUGUCCAUCAGCUGCCAGCGCUGUAUCUGCAUCGCUGAUGGAUUGCUUGUCGAAACGACUGGGUGAUAGCAAGAUUGUGAUCAGGCAGGCACACAUGCUCUUGCUCAUGCAACUCAUGGAGGUGCUGGGGGCGGACAGUGUUAUCCAGAACAUCUUGAACCUGUCGCUGAACAGCCGCCAGUGGAGGGUGCGCGAGGAGGCCAUCAACGUGGCGACGGCAGGUAUGCUACGCUUCCCGCGCAGCGACAUCAAUCUGGAGAUAUGCGCGGCGCAGCUGGCACCGACGCUGCUCGACUGCAAGCAGCGCGUGCGCCAGGCGUCCAUGGAGGCAAUGGCCGUGCUGGCGCACGCACUGGGCGACGGCAACCUGCAGCCACUGGUCGCCAUCGUGUCUGAUCUGGAGAGGUGCGCCGUUGCGCCUGAGCUAUUGAACGCCGUGCUGGCGCGGCUGAGUCGCCGCCAGAUGCCUCACUUCAGCAGCGACGGCCUGGUGGAGCACUCGAUACAGGUGGCAACGUCGUCUGCUACGGCCGCUCGUCUGCGCGGCUCGGGCGCCGAUAUCGAUUGGAUCCUUGCCGCUGCCUCACCGAACGCCGCAAGCCGACCGCCUAGCUCCUCGGUACUACCUAGCGGUAUGGCCACACCAGCGGGUAUGUCAGCCACAUCAGCUACCCCGGCUACUCCGGCAUCACCCUUAAGUGGCCUGCUCAGUAGGCAGGACUACACACUCCUCGAUGGAUCCGAUGCCUUUCGGCCCAUCAGCACAGCGUCGUCGGCGACGUCGAGUGAGCUCACACACGUGCCGCGCCCGCGCUUCUCCAGUGCUGGUCGCAAGCAGUUGCCUUGGGAGUUACCCUUGCAUAGCUCCAGCGACCCGCCAGUGUCAGCUAUGGGUCAGAAAAGAGAACAGGCGCACAGUGCUCCAAGUGUGUCCGACCGUCUCGCCGCGAUGACAGACGAGAUAUUGCCACCGAAACCACCCCUGCGCAGUCGUAUAUCCUGGACCAAUCCACCCGGUGGACCGCCGGCACCCUUUCAGCCACGGACAAACGGCGGCGGUGGUGGUGGAGGAACCGGACACCCGAUAGCCAUGCAGAGGCGAGCGACUGUCGAUCAAUUUGAUCUCUCCACGCUGGAUGAACAGCUUGCAAAAGUGGGCAAGAGCAGCCGUGAGGAACGACCCGACACGGCCGAUCUCGACGACGGCUCCACGUUCAUGCCCAUCCGAAGUCGUCCCAGUCAGCUGCAGCUACUCGAGGCUCAGGCCUUGCGCCGUGCACAGGAGCAAGACCUGCGAGCACUGGGUGGCUUUGACGAUGUAGUCCCACCAUUGCCUCCCGAUAUACCAAGGUUGAAUGAGUGGGGCAGAGAGGAGACACCAAGAUUCAACGCGAAGCCACCCCCAGCGCCUAAGAAAACAUCAACAACUGCAUCAACAACUGCAUCACACGUCCCCCUCACAAAUAGAAGAGUCUUGUCGAAACCCAUAAAGGCUCAGCAGUCCUUUGGUUAUUCAGGGUCACAAGCCGAUGCUCUUAGAGAUAGAAGCAGCAGCAAUGCGGAUCACACUGCUGCUUCAGCCGUUACCGGCACACACGCCUUAGUAAGGCAGAAGGAUGGCAGCACCACCGGUGCAAGCAGCGGCACUGCUUCCGCAUCCAGCGGCUACUCCAGUGCAACACCAGCGUCCAGUGGUCGUGACAGCGCUGCAUCGACACCUGCCACCUACAACACCAGUUCAACAUUCAGCAGUGGCUUUCUGAGUCCGACACAAGAACCCACUGGAUUCUUGGGUGCUGGCAGCCUGCUAACUUCGGAUAAACUACCUGUUGAUAAAUCCUCUUUGGAGAGGAGCUCCACAAAAUCAACUGUUCCACCGGUGAGGCCUGUAACUCGACUUGGCUUAUCACCAUCGCUUCAAGCCACCCUUGCUAGGCGAAAGCAGGAGAACGAAACAGAGCGUCGUCGGCAGGAAGAGGAAAGUGACACGGGACUGCUCGACGUCUGGCCAGAAGACACAUCUAGCUGCACGUCACUGUCCAGUCAACCCUCAGAAAUUGCACGCGAGUCUCCACCAUCUGAGCUGGAUGAUGUCGAUAUGCCCUCAAGUUCUCGGCAUCCACGCCCACCAACAGGCAGGACCACUGACUUUUCAGCCUCCUCCCAGGGACUAAGGAAGCAAAUCAGUGGAGGAGCAACAACACUAGGCAUGAAGACGCCAACGCGAUCUGGCAGCCAGCAGCUCUCUCUUUCAAUGCCCUCGCCACGUCUUCUCCAGGAAGUCCGACAAGCCUCAAGUCAGUCCACCAGCAUGUGCAAUGACGCAGAGCAGGACAGUGAGAAGUAUGAGCCACUGGUUCAUCCCUCCACUGCGGUCGCCAACGCCCUGAAAUGGAUGGACAGCGGCGAAGACUGGGAGCAGAUAUGCACGGGUCUGAGGACUGUCCGCUCGCUUGCCGAGCAUCACAACGACGUCCUGGGGAAAUCCCCACAGCUGCAGAUCGUUCUCCUCGGCGUUGUGAACAAUGUGAAGAACCUGCGCUCGUCGGUUGCACGCCUGGCCAUGCGCAUACUACAGGACCUGUUUGUGUAUAUGACAAAGGACAUGGAGCAGUGCUUGGAGAGUACAGUACGUGUGCUGCUGCAACGCUGCGGAGAUUCCAGCAGCUUCCUGAAGGAAUCUGCAGAGAUGGCAGUCAUGAAGCUGGCACAGUUCAUGCACUCACCGAAGGCUGCUGCCGCGCUCAGCAAUGUCGGCAAAACUCACCGCAAUGUAGGUGCUCGCACAGCAACGUCAGCCGCCCUAGGGCAGGUGAUAAUGACGGUGGGCGUGAAGCGCUCUAUUCGCUCCCGUGAGAUCAUGGAGCCCUCCCUGCCAGUGCUCAGUGUGUUCACCAAGGAUGCAUCAGCUGAAGUGCGUUACUAUGCCAGAAGGGCCAUAAACAACCUGAUGAAAUGUCCGAAGGAACUGAAAGCAGCCGGCCAGUUUCUAAAGCCAGCCGAUAGGGAGAAGCUGGAGACUGCCAUUGCUCACAUAAAGAGAAAGGGAGUUGGUGAUUUGCCAGGCGGCCGCUCAAAGCGUGGCCCACUGGAGCGUCAGCUGUCCUCGGAAUCCUGGGCCUCCACCAACUCGUUUGCUUCCACCGAUUCGUACACCGCCACCGACUCGUACGCCUCGUCGGACCCGUUUGGCACCGCCGAUGCACUGGCAUCCACCCGCUCUGUCAAACUGCCUCUCGGCAAUGCUUCUCAAGGAACACACGGUGCAAUGGGUACACUUGAUGGACCAGGACCUAUGGUUGGUGCGCGGGCUGCCGGCCCCACAUCACGUAUCAUAAGGCAACACACCACGGGAGGAUCUGGUGGAGGUCCGUUACCAUCAGCAAUCAUAGCAAACUUGGUCUCCACGGACAGCAAGGCCAGAGACAAUGCCCUCGGUGAUCUGUCUGAUCUUGCCAAGCAAAAGCCCGCUGUCAUCACACAGCAUGCCAUAAAGAUAUUCGAUGCAUUCACACCACGCUUGAAUGACGCCAACAGCAAGGUAGCUCUUCGUGCUCUCACAUGCCUCAAUGAUCUCUUUGCGCUGGCCUCGGUGGUGGAUGUGUGGCCCCGCGUGGCCAAAGCUCUCAUGCCAGCUAUCUUUUCUGCACUAGCGUCUCGCCACGCCAGUAUCCGCUCCUCGGCUGACAAGGCCCUUCAGCAUGCCAUUGCAGCAAUUGAUGGUAUGGUGCUGUUACCGAUGAUCGCCUCCAUUGCUCAGUUCGGCAACAAGAGUGUCAAAGCGCAAGCAAUUGGUGCAAGCGCAGAUGCGUUUGACUCUUGCUAUGAGGAGUAUCCGAAAACCGCUACACGCUCCGUGCUUCCCGUGGUGUGGCACUCAGCUAGUCUUCUAGCCGGCAAGGUCUCCAAGGCAACUACAUCCUUUGCACCAGUGUCUCCAGCACUCAAACUGGCCGCUGCCAAGCUUAUACACAUCGUCUUCGACCGCAUAGAGGACACGCUCAUAACAUCAGCUCGACAGCAGCUCACUGGUGAAGAAGUAAAGAUCCUCAACGGAAUUCUUGAGCACCCUCCACCAAUGGAAUGAAGAUCCAUGAUCGGCGCCUUUUUUCCACAGGUUGGCCAGGGUGUAAUGGGCAGCAUUACGCUUACCAUACGGAAACUUCAGGUCCUGCGUAAAUUCUAUAUUCCCGCAGAGCCCAACAGAUGAGUCGAGGGUCGUCCAGUCUCGUCUCUAUUCGGUACAAUAAGGAGUUCUGAACCCUUCUAACGUUGCAAUCAUGAACAGAUGGUGACCAGGACCGUAUUUGGGAAAGACAGGCAACCUCCACAUGACCAGAAUGGAAUUUAUCAUUGCAAUCAUCACCUUUCAUGACAACGAAUUGGAGCCAAUCUGUCUACGUUUCCUAUCAGCAAGUAGUUACGUCAUCACUCAUCACUGAUCGCAUGCAAUGCAGACCCCCAAUGCAGAGCAGCAGAAUGGCUAUUUCUCUUCUUUUUCUAUUUAUCUCACCCGGCCAACGGGCAGCGUCCAACUAGAUGGCGCCCGGAUGAUCUAGAGCAGCUGUUUGUUAUCAUUCCACCGUCUUAUCACCAAUGCUUCAUCACUACAUCUGUCGUGUCAUUGCAUGUGAAGUUUCGCUGAUCCAUGCUUUUACUGUGAGCAGAGGUCUCCGUUCAGCGACAGCAAUCGUUUCGUAUUUACCGCCAUAUCAGUUGUUCUGCUACUUCAAGUAUAAGUAAUCUGAUCUAAUCUUCAGUUCUCUGUGAUUGGAUGUUGUAACCCUGCUAUAAUCUAUACAGUAUCAGGGAGGAAUCGGACAGUCUAGCAGUGA